GUGUUGCGGCGCCGCGGCGGCCCGGGCGACGCCCCAGAGCGGAAGCGGGAAGUGGCGGCGCGGGGCUGCGGGGUCGCGGGCAGCGCGCGGGGGUCCGUGAUGGCCAAACACACCGUGUCGUCGGCGCGCUUCCGCAAGGUGGACGUGGACGAGUACGACGAGAACAAGUUCGUGGACGAGGAGGACGGCGGCGACGGGCAGGCGGGACCCGACGAGGGCGAGGUGGACUCGUGCCUGCGGCAAGGAAAUAUGAUGGCGGCCCUGCAGGCAGCGCUGAAAAACCCGCCCAUCAACGCUAAAAGCCAGGCGGCCAAGGACCGGGCGGGCAGCAUCGUGCUGAAGGUGCUGGUGUCCUUCAAGGCCACGGACAUCGAGAAGGCGGUGCAGUCCCUGGACAGGAGCGGCGUGGACCUACUGAUGAAGUACAUCUACAAGGGCUUUGAGAGCCCGUCCGACAACAGCAGCGCUGUGCUGCUGCAGUGGCACGAGAAGGCCCUGGCCGCGGGAGGCGUCGGCUCCAUCGUGCGCGUCCUCACCGCCAGGAAAACGGUGUGAUGAUGCCUCCCCACCCCCCCACUCGGGCCCAGGUCCGUCUGUCGGUCGGCCGCGGGGGGUCGGAGCCAGCUCCGAGAGCAGGACCACCCACCGGACGCCGCCGCCCCCCCGGGGGAGCCUCUCGCCCAGCCUCGCCUUCUCGCUUCCCUUAUCAUGUCUGUAAAGAAAAAAAAGCACAUAAUCGAUUUUCCUUUGAUUGAAAAAAAAAUUUAAUGGGGACCCCCCUCCCCGCCCUGGAAGGUGGGGGUCCCUGUCUUCAGUGGUGUGUCUGCUGCUCUUUUUAGGGUCACCACGUCCCUCCGCUUUGCACAGGGCAGGGGCGGGGAGGGGCCUCAAACCCCAACGGGCUGGUUCUUUGGCCGGGGUCAGGCCUCACGCGGGCGUGGCUGCGGGAUUUUUUUUUUGAACCGGGACCAAAGCAAUCAGGGUGCAAGGCCCAUUUGGGACCUCGAUGCUGGCCCAGGCAGAGAUGAUGCUCUUGAUCGUUAGGACACGGGCCAAGGAGGGUACGGCGGCUGUGGGCUCGGCCAGCCCGAGCCGCCCCCAUGCUGUGCUGUGGGGGGCCCAGACACCAGUCACCGUGACCCCUCCACGCCGCCCCCUCUGGAAGGAAAUCAGUCCCGCCCCCGUCUCAGUCAGUGCCCGCUCUGGGGAAACGGUUUCAGGUCAGGAAGGAAAGCGACACUUCAAAACCCAGCUCGCACCCAGGGCCGGGCUCUCCGAGGAACGGCCUCAACGCCUCGGACGCCCCGCCAACGCCCCCCCCUACGUUCUACAGGGUAAAACUUGUGAUCCCAGAAUUUGGGUUCCGUUCCAAACGGACACGCAGUAUUUUUUUUUAAUACCAAAACAUGAAAUACCGCAAAAAAAAAAAUAAUGAUGAUGAUAAUAAUAAUAAGUGUUUCUACUCUGUUGGACAAAUUACACGGGUUCUUCAGAAAAAAAAAACAAAACGGACGGUGCUUUUCCGAAAGUCCCCUGCCCAGGGGGCCGCCCAAGACACGCCAAGGGACGCAUCAGGCCCCACGGGGAACCCGCCCCUGUUCAGACGCUCCCAGAUUCCUCGUUCCCCGACAUCUUUGGCGACCCACAGACUCCACCACUUUUGAUAAUAACAGCUUUUCUGUUUUGUACAAAUGAUGCGAAAAUAAAACAUCAGUGUUGAGUA